UGUAACACGUCUAAUUUGAUUGGUACAUCGACAAAAGGAGAAUGACUCAUCAAAAUUGAAACAAAAGGGAAAAAACCCUCUUAAAAUAGUUAAUUCAUCCGGAAGAAUCUUAUUUCACCAUUUCACUGAUGACUUCGUUCUACUAAGUUGUUUGAGGAUGUAGAAACGUAUGAAAUAAGCAAGAAUGUUACUUCCUAAUGGCUGAAUUACGUUAUGAGCGAACUGAAAAGUGGAGAAACUAAAGAUGUAGAGCAGAAAAAUCUCUUCUCGACAAGGAUACAGAAUGCUAAACAACAACUCGAAAGAACAUGUCGUGUUCAGUCUUCCGAAUUCACUGCGUUGUGCAGUGAGUUGUUACAAUUGAAUUUCCACUCCGAAGAUGGAAAGUUUAAUGUUAUCAAUAACCUUAAACAGCUCAAUGGGAAUUUUGUGGCCAAGAUUAUUCGUAAAGGUCUCGCCAGUCUCGAGAAGGUUUACUCCGAGCCUAAAGUCUUCGAAGAUGAGUCAAUCGCACUGGUAGAAUUAUGCCUCUCGCUUUAUUCAAAGCAGCAAGCGGAUCAUAGAGAAGAUGGGCAAUGUUUUCCUAAUCCGGCCUUGUUGGUAGACUGUACGGCAGGGCUUUGUGACGAGAUCUUGAAAUCCAAAUGUGCGGAUGGAAAGUCCAGCCUCCGUUCCGAGGUCAUACUGUCAAAAUGUUUGGUAGAACUUGUCAAUUUAUAUCGAGUAAUGUUUAGCUACAAGCUAACAUUAUUUGGUAACUUAAAUGAUUACGAACCGUCAAAAUUACAGCAGUUCUUCCAAAGAACAUUUGGUUCAUUAAAGCAAAGGAUCAAUGAUGAACACUUUGACGAACUUAUUAGGAAGACAGCUAUGAUAGCCAAGGAGGAUCAGAAGAUAAAUCUUAAUCUGGAAGAAAAUCUCUCUUGGAUGAGGAACUCUUUACUCUACCAUUGGAAUAAUUUGCUGCAACUUUCAUUUGUGACAAAUUUGUUCGCCAUUCGAAUUGCACAGCAUGACAUUGCUUUUUAUACCGAUCACCAAAGUACAUCGGACAACUAUGAACAACAAAUAUACAAAGAAUCGUUAAUUUCUCGUGUUUCCUCUAUUAAAUACAAAGAUAUGGACUGCAAUCCCCUCUGCAUUGAAGACAAAGAGAGGCAAGACAUUCUGUUCAAAAACAAGUUUAUAUUUCUCUUUCAGAGUAAAUUGUGCAUGAAGCUUAUUCAAUCUGACGUUCCAACGACUUGCCUAGAGAUGUUGUUUGGAAUAUUUAGCAAUAACGAAAUGUCUUCAAGUCCAAAUGUCGAGGAAGAUAAGAAAAUUUGUCAGUCAAUCAUGUCAUCACUUCAUCCAUGGCAACUUGAUAUACGACUAUGGGAGUAUGGAGACUUAUCAGGAAGACGUCACCAAUUGCUUAUGUUUCAAGUAGUUGCCGAAGCAAUACUCAGUCAAAAAGAUUAUCACGCACCAAUCGAGAGAAUCGUUAAGUUUUGGAGAACCACUUUUCCGAAAAACGAGUCAUCUUAUGGAAUAUUGACAAAGAUCUUGGUUUUCACUAUUUUGGGACCAAAAAUAUCAAAGGAAAUGCCUUAUAUAACGCGACCAAUGGGUUUCCAGAGAAUAGAAACGAUGAAACUGCAUCACUGCGAGGUUAUCCUGAAUAAUCUGGUUGACUUUUUGUCACAACUUCCUUUAGAUAUUCUUUCCACUACAACUGACUGGCUAUCGUUGUUUUUUUGUUUAGUAAAGGCGUUUCCAGAUUCUUGGAACUGCCAAGAGAGCUUAAAGUUCAUCGAGUUUUUUUCAGAUUUAGAGGCACAAGGACUCGUCGAAUUUGAAGAACAAUUAAGGAAUAUCAUAACAAAUUGUUUUGCAUCAUUGAAUGCAGAUGGCCAGGUUAAAACAACAGUAUUGCCGAUUAUAAUAGAACGUCUACUAGAAGAUUCUGAUCUUGAAAGGUACAAACUAACCCUCAAAAUACUCACUCCUAUUGCACCAUAUAUGGAAGCUGAGAACAUUAGGAAGUACUUGUCAGAUUUCAUCACAAUUGUACGAAGUUAUGAUAUUCCACCAUCAGGUGAAACGCUGUUGAUUCAGUCAGGAAAUGCAGUUCAGAUGUUUGAUUUUAGCUGGAGUAGCAUAUUCAGACUGAUCUCAGUAUCCAGUUCUAUUGGUGAAGCGGAUAAAGAGGAAAUCUUCAUGUCUCAUUUAAGAUUGAUUAAGAAUGCAAAAGAUAUCGCAGACCUGAAAAAAAUCAUGAUGCUAUGCAACGAUUUUCUAAUUUUAUCAGUUAACACAUCCAGUGUAAAACAAUUUUAUCAUCGCCUUGAAAAUCCCGGUAACUGGAAUAGUUGUGCUCUUGUUGUACAGUGCUGCACUGUAUGGUGCGGAUAUGAGUAUGUCAGACUAAAUAUCUUUGAAAUAGGGCGUGUUUAUCACAAGAGAGAGUUCGAUGAUCUAGUAACUGCAUUAUUCAAUGCUAUCGAUGGGUGUCUACAUUCAAGUAGAUUAUUCAGUUUGUUUGCACAAGUGAUUGUUCCCUUUUUAUCAAUGGCUUCUUCAUGUAGCGCUGAGAAUUGCCAGGAUUUAGUGACAUGCGUAGUAGAAUGGAUUUCUGUUGGUACCUUUGACAAAGCUGAACACGAUCUAGCCAUGGUGUUUAUCUGCACUGCACUAGAACUUCGCAAGAAUGAAAUCACGCAAAUGGAUAUGCUUGCUUUUUAUAAUGAGCUCAUCAAAAUAAUUCGUCAAAAGAAAUUUGUACAAAUUGAAAUUAUCGGACUCUUUCUGGGACUACAAGAAAUGCUUAAGUUCCCUUUAACAUUCAAGGAUAUCACUCUCUUGAUUCCAUGCGUUUGCAAGCUGCUUGAAAGAGGAAACAUAACAAGCAUUCAAGAGGUAAAGCACAUUAUGUUUCAUCUCUUUAAAAUACCAGACACCAAGCAGAAAAAUCAACGAAGAGGCAUCACCAACUUUGAGAAUCUUCUGGAUUGCCUUCAGUCGCCAUCACUCGCGCGUCAACUUGUUAUACCGGGCGAGGAAAGGAUUGAAACAAGUGGUCCAUUCUUAAAUAUUCCGUCCAGCAGCCUGAAGGAACAUUUCUUGAGCGUGAUGACCAUGUCAGUGGAACAAAUUCACAAAUUAUCAAGGGUACCCAUGUGCAGUUCUUCUUCUGAAGAAAUGACGCUGUUACACGUCAUAUCUAAAAAGUCGCCGAUGUCUUUUACUCACAACAAAUCGAGCAAGCUGUUCAUCCUUCUCCUUGAGAAGGUAAUAGCGAAUGAAAGGAAUGCUGAAUGUUUUAUUGACUUGGUCUAUGCCACCAUAGAGGAAAAUGUCUCUUCUCAGGAAUUUGAAGAUAGUCUACAAAAGGUAGAGGACAUGAUACGAAUAAUGACACCCCCACUGGAACCACUGAUGGUAUCUUGCAUUAAAGAAUGCUACAAGAUUGGUAUGAAGGAAGAGCACAGAAUUACGACACUUCUUCUCGUCCUGAAGGACUGGAAGUGGACAAGAGAAGACCUGGGGAUGAUAAUCAGUAAGAGAAAUGCUUCCAUAAACAUUCCUAAACAGUUGGUCCGAGCACUUCAGACAACGUCUUGGCCGGAGGAAAUGCGAGAAAAGAUCAAAAAGAUGAUUAAAAUGGCUUACCAACUGACAGAAGUGGAGCACAUGGAAAUAGAUGCUGCCUUGACGCAAUGGGAGUUUCAAACUUUUGUAGAUAACGAUCAUCUGGACAUCAGCAAUUUACCCACAGCCCUUCGUGCUUGCGAGCAAGCCUGUAAGUCAGACCAGUACGUCGAUUUCUUUAAGGAGAUACAGCAUUCCGGAACGGACAUUCAGGAAAUCAAUCAGUAUUCUCCUGGAGCAUUAGUAUGCUUUGUGACCGACCAGCUGAAGAGAUUAAAAGUUGCCGAGAGAGAUUUGAAAAAUACAACAACGAAGAUGAGCGAAACGCUGUUCAAGAAUACACAAUUCCCAUUUUUCAAGAAAUGCUAUUGUGAGCCUACGAUCUUUCCUAAUGAUACUACAAACACCAGGAAGACAACUGAAAAAUAUAUCUCUUUAUUUAGAGAUAUUCUACGACACUCAGAUUUUAUUGAGGAAGUUCAGCACUGGCUAGCCCUCGACUCAAUACAUGCAUUUCUAUGUAAAGACGUGAUUGUCGCUGCGGUUACUUGGAAGAAUGGAAGGAAAACUCGCGAGGAAGCCUUAAGUAUCAAUAAAAACAUUCUAGAUACACUCAACGGCAUGACCUCCAAUGGGCGCUGUUAUCAAAGUUUGGAAGCACCAAUAGAUGUUAUGGCAGAAAUCGUACGUACAACAGAAGAUGUAUGUUUGAUCAAAGAACUAUUACAGAAGCUCGCCGAUUAUGGAAAAAGAUAUAUUUCCGUGGAUUGCCUAAAAACUAUCACUGGAUGGAGCAAUUCAAAAGAAAUUUUCAAGUUCUUGUCUAAAAUUGAAGAAGAGGAUUCUUCAUUGACCGGUAUGAUUACAAUUGUACCGUACAUUGGCAAGGUUUUCCCUAACUCUGCUGAUAAGGUUAUCGAGCAAUUAACGAGCAUAAAGGAAACACGAGAGGAAUGUGAUGCGCUAUAUUUACAGGAAAUCACCACAUGGUCCAAGACUAUGAUUGAAGCUGGGUUUUCCAGGUCGGUUAUCGAGUCAUGGUGCACGAGCCUGGUUCUAUACGAAAAGCUCACCUCAAGAGACGUUCAUUGUAUCAUAAAUCUGACUCCAAGCACAAUCCAGCUCAUCUCCAAAGAACCUGGAGAAAUCGAGUCUUGCUUAUUUACAGCAGCUGCUCCCAAAACAUGGCACAAUGGCCACAGCUUCACUAAACUUGAAUUGCAAAGCUUGAAAUCAUUCAAACGACGUUUACAGUUUGCAAAGAUAUUGGAUGAAUUUGCUUCCAUUGCAAGAAUGUUUGAAACAAAUACUCGUUUUUUGGAAAAGGUCAAAGAUGGGACUCACAAUUUGUGUUCAAGUUUCCUAGAAAACCAAACUUCAUCAGGAGGGAUGUACAAAGUGCGCUUUAACUUUUUCAAGGAAAUGUUUGUUCUUCUGUUCACUACAGAAGGUGGCGUAAAUGAAGAGUCAAUGUCAAACCUGACAUCUCAAAUACAACUCUCUAGAGGACUUGUGGCCGUCUUCAGACGACUUGCAAGAAGUGUAAAAUACAGACCAGUUCUUUUUGAUCAUUUGAAAUCGAUAGUCCACCACACCCUUCAUUACAUUGACAAUUCAAGUCAACCGGACCAUCAAGCAAUACAGAAUGUCAUUCACAAACAUGUGAUUGGUUUGGAGGCCAAUCAAGAUGCCAUACACUCCUUGCAGGCUGCCGGAUACAAUCAAAGCUCUCCAGAUGAAGAUCUCUGGGCCUGCACUAGUAUUCAACUGUCAUCGUAUGUUUCCUCCGUCGAGUCUGUUUUGGAUUUUCGCAUCCAGCGCUUUUUGAAACAAACGUGGAGAGAAUGGAGAAGCAUUCUUACUGAAUUAGAGAUUAAAGAAGUGGAUGUCAAUGGAAAGAGGAUCCAAACAAGUGAAUUGAUGAAUUACUCUGAUUCAUUAGAGACAAUGGAAUCACAACUUGAAGCCGUAAAGAAAGCAACUGAAAAUGCCCCGGCGCAUAGCUGGUGUAGUAACAGACGGAGGCAGUUGAUGGAGAAAGAAAAAUACGUUCGAUCAAGUAUCGAAAAGGAAGCAAAACAGGAAACAAAAAUGUCGGGGUUGACGAAAAUGGUGAUCUCUUGGGAUAACCAACUGUUUGACGCAGUCAAAACGUGCACAGAGAAAAUACCAGGUUGUUAUGCUCCUGACGGAUUUCACUCACAAAAACCUGUCAUUUGUGGACUGGCAAUUGACAACAGGAUCCUAACUUUGUAUAAACAAGAGAAGAGAUCCUUAACUGAAUUGGAAAAUGUGGAAGUGAAGCUGUUCCCAGUUGGGAUGCUGGUCUACUGGAUUCACAGUAGCGGCCAUUGCUACGACACGGAUCAACUAUGGGCAGCUUUCUUCAAGAUGUUACUAGUGAAAAGAUUGGUUCCUAAGAUAUUUCUAACUGAUAUGAGCCCUGGAUUUGAGUGGAUUAAAAGAUUUGUCAGCCCAGAAAAGCCCGGAAGAUCAUCUGAAGGUAUCGCGUUUUGCUCAUGUAACACCCUUAUACCAACUAAUGAAGACAGCUAUGACUACGAACCUAAUCAUUUUAUUCGUGAUUUUUACAACGAAAUGCCAUCUGAUGCGAUUACCGAGCUAAUUAUUCUUACACCAGAUGAUAUCAAGAUGAUGGAAUUUCCUAGCCUCAAGUCUCCCAAAAGAAAUGAACUUAUAAGAACAUUGAUGAAAGAAGUCCUUGGAGCGGUUCAAAGCAAUGAACGACUCUUGGAAAAGCAUCAACACCUCGAAACUCAAGAACUAUUGAUUAAAAGACUCGCUUACGCUAUAAGAAAAGCGGCAGAAAUCUCAGUCGAUAAUGAGGUGCCUCAACUAAAAAUAAUUUCAAGUUUUAUAGACUUGGACAAGCUUUCAUCGGAAUGUGGAGACGCUACUAUAGUGCGAGAAAACGGCAAGGAUUUUUACGCUCAAAUUAUUCUGGACGCACUUCAAACUGAGAUGGAUCGACAUGUCGAAUAUUCCAGGGAAUAUGAUUGCUGUGAGCACGCACAGUUUUUGCAGUCAAAUGAAUCCACUCCAGAUAGGGAUGAGGAAAGACUGUAGCUCCGUCGUUUCCUUCACGUAUUAUCCAUUUUUAAAUGGAAAAUUAGAGAAAAGAUAAGAUCUACACCACUGUAAAAUCUAGUGUAGGGUACAAGGAAACUAGUUUUCCACAUUUUUAAUAUUUUUUUACGAUAGUUGUCUCAAAACCAGUUUGACCAGUUUGAAGCACCCAAGAAAACAUUGUAUAGCGAACUUUAGUGUAACGAUAAAUACCAUAGACCUUUUCUGAAAUAAUAUCAUGGUGCAUUGUGGUCUAGCUUCAGGACAAACAACACCAUAUUUGGCAGCAUGAACAAAAGAUGUUUUGUGCCGAAUCUAGACCACAAGGCAAUGCAAACUGCUAUCUUAUAGAAAAGGUCUAUUCCAACUUGCCCGCACUUUACAUUUAUACUGAUUCAUUCUAUGCUCAUGGAACGAGAAGGUGAAUGUAGCUUUUUAUGGACAAGAAAUAAGUACAAUUCCAGUAUCUAGAAAAUAAACCAGUUUAAUGCACAACUUCUUUAAGCCUGUCCUUUGAGGAGUCAAUUUAGUGAGUUUUUUUUCUGAUAAAAUUCACCAAUCGGAUAGCUUGAACUGAUGUCAUAGAAUUUUAGUUCUAAGUGCAAAAUCAAUCAUUACUUACGGAUCUUUUUGUAAUCUAUUCAUCAAUAUCAAUAUAUGAAAUAAAAUGAUCAUGUAUGUAUACCACAAAGUA